AUGGCUCUUCGGUCUACUAUUGAAUAUGUCCAUAUCUCCCAGAUAGCCAAUGACGAUUCGAAAUCAGACUCGACCCAUAUAGCCAAUAGCGAUUCAAAAUCAGACUCAACAACUGGCGGCAAAACUCAUCAUACUAUCAAAGGCAAAUCUGACUCGGAUCAAUCAGCACUAGAAUUUCUUGCAACAGGACCUCCCAACGAUUUCAGCAAUAUGCCAGCGAGUCCAUUGCGAGAUGUAUCACCUCCCGACUCAGACUUUUCCAUUAACUGUCGAUGUGGAGCCACUGGAAAUGGAAAUGUGUUAUAUCGCAAUGACAUUGAAGGAGCUGUAAUUCAAUGCUCGAGAUGCUUAGAGUGGUCUCAUAUUGCAUGUCAGCGAAAUGGAACUGCAUGCAGACUUGGAAACCGCUCACGUUUCAUUUGCUACAAGCACAACGAAAGGCCUCCCAGAUUUCCAGUUCGUCGUUCAUCAAGAAAACCUUCACAGGCUGCUCUUCGGAAGGAAAUGGAAGAACGCACUCUGUCUUCUCUGCCGUUAAACAAGAGGCUCCGUUGUGGUAGAGGUGUACUUGUUAAACACCAGGGCUUUUGGUAUCCCGGGCGCUUAAUUUCGCUUGAAGAUUCGGAUGGACUUUUGACGAUACGAUGGUGGAGAGGCUGUGAGUUUAUAUUGCCCCCACCUGCACAGAUAAAUGGAAUGUCCCGUGUGCCAUUGAAAGAUGUGGUUGACUCGCUAUGGGGAGAUGUACAUGCACGACGUCAGAUACAGCUUGGGAAAUGGACACCUACCUGGCUUCUUCCUGACGCUGAUGAUAUCAUGAGCGACUCAUCCAUCGGAUAUUCGACCAUGGUUGAUUCUGCAUUAUCUCCAGCUCGUGAUAUACUCACGGAACUUCUUCUCGAACCUGAAAAGGUUGAUUCUGCCCUUGUUCCGGCCAAAGCAUGGCUUGAAGCAAGUCAGAAAGAUAUUUCCAAGGAGAUUGUUGCACACACGGGUCCAUUGACUCCAAUCGAGUGUGCACAAAUUAUAAACUGGUUUGAGGCCAAUGUUGCAAUGGGCGAUAGGUCUUUGCGUCGCUUCUGGACCUCACUUCUUCCACUGGCGCAUGCAUAUACAGUUUAUAUUGCCUCGCUCAUUGCUGACACGAAACCUUCAACAGAACACCGCAAUAUGUCUCUAAUAGAGAGAGCAUGGAUCGCCCAGUGCACACCAAAGAGCCGCCGCAUCAUUAAAAAGGUGGAUGUUGAUCUUGAAUGUCUUUCACUUCUAGAAGAAGAGAUGUUUGAGCAUUCUAUUUGCUCUGGACCUGCAGGCAACAAACCAUGGGGUAAGGACGUCGGAAACCAUCAAGAUAACUGGGGUCCCUAUCAAGAUCUACCCUCCCAUUGGAAUGGUGGUGACCGUGACCCAUUUGAACAUGAAGAAGAACUAGAAUAUGGACCUAAUUAUGUUGAUCUGCCAAAGAGACCAGUCCAAGCGCCCUCUAAUGAACCGCGGCCCAAGCCAAGGCCAAUCCUAAAGCAUCGUCGACAUAAGAUGUUGGAUUAG